AUGUUAUAUUUGGGCGCUAGUAGUGGUUUACUACGUGUGAUGAAGUACAAGCAAGGAAAUAAUAGAAUUAUCGAUUGCUCUGUACGAUCAAUGAACUCCGAGACGAAGACAAAUGGUACUGUUCGAGGAAACAAUAUCAAACAAAUGAGUUUUACCGACUUUUUAGCCAGUUUGAAGAAUCCUACAUGUACUGAUGGAGUGUGUAAUUUAAACUCUAGUAAUCAACACACAUUGCGAGAUCAAUCAACGACCUUACAGACAUUGACAGAUGUAUCACAAAAUGCUAGUAGCGUUAGCGUUUCUACGACUGAAAUUUCGUCUGAUACUUCUAUAUAUGGUCCAAAAGUGGACUUUUCAUUUUCUUGGGGUUCUGAGUACUCCUCGCAGCAUACCUCUAGUCUAUUUACAAAAACACUAGAUUACUCAACUUGUUCAGGAAAGCAGUCAUAUUUCUCUGUUUUGAACCAGUUUAUGCACCAAAUGGAACAGAGAAUGAUGGAUUUUUACGUCUCAGAAGUUAAAGAUCAUGACAUCUGCCUUAAGAAAAUCACAACUGAUUACCCGAACUUUCCGAUUUCUAAAUGUUUUCAAGAUUAUCAAUCUUAUCUUUCUGGGUCUUCCAGAACAGCCCAAUUUCAACCUGUUAAAAAUGAAUGUCAAUUGUGGGUUGACAAGUACACGCCUACAAGAGAUUAUUUACCGAAGAAGUCAUUGUGUAAAACUUCGAAGAAGAAAUCAAGAAAAAAAAGACUACAAACUGAUUUAAACAGUUCUAGUGAUGAUGAUUUUAUUGUCGAAUGUUCAGCGGGUAAACGUCAAAAAUAUAACUUUCCUUAUACCGGUCCAAAUGAAAAGAAAAAUGAAACCUUUGAAACCAAUUAUUUACCCAUUGGUUACAAUAAAAAUGAAAUCGAUUACUCCGACAUAAUCAGUUCAGAAGAUGAUUGUUCACCAACAACUAGUGAUGAUGAUGAUAAUAAUAAUGAUAAUGGAGGCGAUGAUUAUGAUGAUGUUGGAAAGAAAAAACGUUCACAUUCAAAUUGGCAAUCAAAAGCUUUUCUAUUAGUAGGACCACAUGGAACAGGAAAAUCUUCACUAAUUUAUGCUUUAGCUAAAGAUUUAGAUUUUAAGGUGUUUGAAUUGAACCCAUCAACAAGACGUUCUGGUAAAGAUAUUACAUCACAAUUUCAGAGUGCAUUGAAUUCACAUCAUGUUGCUAAAGAUAAUCUAUCUACCAGUUUUAGUACAUUUCAAAUGAUAAUGUCAUCAUCUUCAAUUAAAAAUAAGCCAAAAUCAUCAAUAUGUAGGUCUGCAGUGGAUUUUUUUAAACCAUUAUCUCAAAAUACUGUUAAUAACAAUAAGAAAGUUAAUAAUUCUACAAAAGAUUCAGACAGUUUAAAUCUAAAUUGUAAUUCAAUUGUAUUAUUUGAUGAGGUGGAUGUACUUUUUGAAAGUGAUCGAGGCUUUUGGUCUGGUCUGAGUAAUUUACUCCAAUUAGCUCGCCGUCCGGUUGUACUUACUGCAUCAGAUACUUCGAUAAUUCACAAUCUGCCUAUCCCAGUUUAUGUUUGUCAUACAAUCUCACCUCCAUUAGAUUUAGUUAUCCCAUACAUUCGUAUGAUUUCCUUGGCUGAAGGAUAUGAUUUAGAUGUACAGACUGCUAAUUCACUUGUAAAGAGUAUCAGAUCUUCUAAUCUAACCUUCAAUGAACUUUCCACUGAAUAUUGUGAUCUUCGACGACUUAUUAAUGAAUUACAAUGGUUUUCUGUCAGUUCUCCUAAAUGUAGAAAGGAUGGUGAUCUCCAAAAUGAUCCAUCCAUUGUAAAAGAAUUUCUUUACGAUCCACUGAUUUGGGUUGAAAGAAUUUGUCCGAGUGUUUGCAGUUUAACUGGACACUGUAACACUAUUGUCAAACAAUCAGUCAAUUCUGAAUCUUUCAGGAAUGAUGAUUUAUACGAUUUAUUCACAACAGAAGCUGUUGAUGACAAUUCUGUGCCUAUGACUUCUGAAGUUGUGACUAAGAAAGUAGUUGAAUCAAGUUAUGUACAUGGCGCUCAAGACAAAAAACAAAACUCCCUGUUAAUCGAGUCUACUUUCAAGGCUUUGCAAACAAUGAGUGAAAAUCUUUCCUUCUGGGAUAUCUGUCAAUCGGGUGUCAAUCGAGCGUCUUUAUUGUCAAUUGUUAAUUCACUUAGUCAAAUGAUUGAAAUAACAAGGAUGAUAACACCAUCAAUACUGGAAUCAAAUGAAGGUAACAACACUAAACCACCUAGCACAGAUUCAUCUGUUAGCAUCAAUUCAAGAUCGUCUGCUCAUGGAGGAGGAUGUAUGAAAGGCUUGAUUAACUUACCGACUGAACACUGGGGGCCAAUUAUCGCAUUUGAUCAUCUGAACGAUGAAUUUUUCAAUGUCUUCUGGGUACAACUUCUACUGAAUUAUAGUCAAAGUAAUCUUGAACAAAUUGAGAAUAAUUUAAUCGCUUCCAACCUUUCUCAUAUAAAUAAUCCGAUCAGACUAGAUAUAGUCCUGAAAUCAUUUGAUUCAAGUCAAAUAGUUUCCUGGUCAAAAUGUAUAUCGGAUUUAAAUCGUUGUGGAGUGGGUGCAAAUCGCUGUGAUCAGUUGAAAUCGAUUGUUUGUGACUACAUCCCAAUUUUGCGUACAUUAACCUCUGGUGAACACUCCAGACAGGCGGUUUCCACUAAAAGACGAUUUUUGCAUUAUUUCGAUCGAAUAUCACUGUUCCUUUGUUCAUCUACUCGUAAAUUUUUGGUUGAAUCACAUUUCUCAUGAAUGAAUAAUCUUGAAGAGAUUUACAACUAUUUUUCAAUAUCUAUGUACAGAAUUCUUACCAUUCUUCUUGCUGUAUAAAUGGGGUGUAUUUUUAAAAAGGAUGUAUUUGUGUCCAUAUAUACAUGCAUAGCUUCUUCUUUUCUCUGGCUGUCCGAUGAUAUGUGCUUCACUUUGCUUUAUUUAUUUAAUGUUUUUAUAUAAGUGUUACAUAUUCCUCAUAGAAGUUAUCGAUGUGUGUGUUUAUUUGGCAUACUUGACAGACAAAUUACUCUCCUAUUCAUUACCUUUACUCAUUAA